AUGGCGGCCCCCAGAAGUGUACAGCGAUUGCAGCAGACGCUGUCGCACGUUCAGCCUCUAACCAGUCCACAGCUGUCAAUUGUCGCAGGUCCGACAGAACCACAGCUGCUGGACAUUACUCUGGGAGAGCUGUUGACGUUGCAAGCAUUGCAAUAUGGACGAUUGGAAUGUCUCGUGUUCCCCUGGACGGGAGCACGAUGGACAUACGGCCAACUAAAAGACGAGACGGAUCGUCUGGCCCGAGGCAUGCUUGCCUCGGGAAUUCAAAAAGGGGAUCGAAUUGGUAUCAUGGCGGGCAAUUGUGAACAGUACAUUUCCGUGUUCUUCGCCGCGGCUCGGGUCGGAGCCAUUUUGGUUGUUCUGAACAACACGUACACCCCCUCGGAGCUGUAUUACGCUUUGAACCAUAGUGAAUGCCGAAUGCUCUUCAUGACCCCGCGCAUUGGACGCCACAACCUCGAGGAAGUUUUAUCCGCACUUGGCCCCAAUCCCAAAAAGGCGGCAACCUCGGAGUCGCUCGAGGAAAUUGUUAUUCUGCGCGGCAGUCACGGGAACUUCGCCAAUUACCAGGAUGUGGUGCAGCGCGGGUUAUCGCAGGAGGCGCAUUUGUUGCAGGAUCGGGAGAGCGAGUUGCGCUCGGGUGAUGUGUGCAAUUUGCAAUUUACUAGUGGUUCGACGGGCAACCCCAAGGCCGCGAUGUUGACACACCACAACUUGGUCAACAACUCUCGAUUUAUUGGAGAUCGAAUGAACCUGACAUCUUUCGAUGUCUUAUGCUGCCCGCCCCCUCUGUUCCACUGCUUCGGCCUGGUGCUAGGCAUGUUAGCGGUGGUCACCCACGGUGCCAAGAUUGUGUUCCCCGGCGAAAUCUUCGACCCCAAGGCUGUGCUCCAUGCUAUCUCGGAUGAAAAGUGCACGGCAUUGCACGGUGUUCCGACCAUGUUCGAGGCCAUUCUCAGUGUGCCCAAGCCUCCUAACUUCGAUACCUCGAACCUGCGCACCGGAAUUAUUGCCGGAGCUCCGGUUCCGCGCCCAUUGAUGAAGCGCCUCUUUGCCGAGCUCAACAUGACAGAAUAUACCAGUAGCUACGGUCUCACGGAAGCCUCGCCAACAUGCUUUAACGCCUUCACCACAGACAGCAUCCAUACACGACUCACCACAGUCGGCAAGGUGCUACCACACGCGCGCGCGAAGAUCAUCGACGCUCACGGAAAUAUCGUCCCAAUCGGCCAGCGCGGUGAGCUCUGCAUGUCAGGCUACCAGCUGACCAAGGGAUACUGGCACAACCCGCAAAAGACCGCGGAAACCUUCAUUACCGACGCGGAGGGCGUCAAAUGGCUCAAGACCGGUGACGAGGCCUCCUUCAACGCCGAAGGAUACUGCACAAUCACCGGGCGAUUCAAGGAUAUUAUUAUUCGCGGCGGCGAAAACAUCUACCCGCUCGAGAUCGAGGAACGGUUAUCCGCGCAUCCCGCCAUCGAACUCGCGUCGGUGAUUGGUAUUCCGGAUCCCAAGUACGGAGAGGUCGUCGGUGCGUUCAUUGCGGUCGCGGCGGGCGCUGCGCGACCCACCGAUGACGAACUUCGCGUCUGGACCCGCGAGACACUCGGUCGACACAAGGCACCGCAGCAUGUGUUUGUGUUUGGCGAAGAGGGCGCGUCCAGCGAGGUGCCCGUCACGGGGAGCGGAAAGGUACGGAAGGUGGAUUUGCGCGAUAUGGCGACUGCUGUGUUGGCGCAACGGAAGUAA